UUUAUAAACAGUUUCAAGACAAAAUGUUUAAAAUUUUUGCUGCUUUUUUCUUUCCUACACUAGUGUUUAGUGGUACCAUUAACGAUCAAACAUUUCAAAAUGUAAAAUUCAAAGGUUACAGUGUGUACACUUUAAAAUUUACAACAACCAUUGUGAGUUCGAAUUCAUUAAAAGAAAACGUACCAAAAAAUCAUGUUUACGACCAUUUAGAAUUCACAGACCAAAAUAUACCAGUUCUAAAGGAAAACUCUAUAAGCGAUUUAGAAGAUUUAGAUGAAAUCACUAUUGCAAGUUGUAAAUUAAAAGAAAUUGAACCUGGAGCGUUUAAAAAUGUCGGUCUUCUCAGACAACUUUCUUUGAAAGAUAAUGAGCUUGAAGAAAUUAGAAAUGGUGUUUUUAAUAAUUUAGGCCUUGUCGCUUUGGAUCUCAGCAACAACAGAAUUAAGCAUAUUGAAGCUGAUGCUUUAAGUUAUCUGCCUAGAUUGUUGAAUAUAAAUUUGGCUGAUAAUCUAAUCAAAUCCUGGGACAAAAGAUGGUUUUACAAGUGUCCACUUUUAACACGCAUCUCUAUGCAAAACAAUUCUAUCGAAAAACUAGCUGCUGAAGGUUUCAGCAAUCUUAAUGGAAACAAAAAAUUUGGAUCAGUAAAACUUACCAUGAAUCUAAUAUUCAGCUAUAAUAAAAUAAGAGAAAUUGAUGACAAUGCGUUCACAGGGCUUGGGGCGAUCAACAAUUUGUGGUUGGACAACAACCAACUGACGGAAUUUCCUGAUACACUUUUGGAACAUGUCGAAGUGCAAGAUUUAAGGCUAGAGCAUAAUAAUAUCACAUGUCUUAAUGGUGAUCUGAAUCAAAUAAUCAAAGCUGAAACCAGCCACAUGGACGGCAAUCCCUUUGAUUGCAAUUGUCUAGAAAAAAUGAAGACUUGGGCCAAAAAGCACAAUAAUAUUGUCGAUGUUUUUUAUUCCGACAUGAAUUGUGUUGCUGAUAAACUUAAUAAGAGAAUGACUGAUUUGGAAAAACGUUUGAGGGAAUUGAAAACUGAUAGAGAAGUUGAGGAGCGGACUCAAGCUGGCGGUAUUGAGGAUGAAGUUGAAAUAAUGUUUAGAAAAUAAUUAUAUUGGGUUUAUUUAAUAUAAGUACAUAUUAUAUCAA